AUGAUCUGGCGUAUGCUGCCUGAUUUGGACCUUGCCACUCUGGGAAAAACUCGAUGCCUAAUUCUGGGCGCGGGAACCCUUGGCUGCAAUGUGGCGCGGCAGCUUUUGGCUUGGGGCUUUCGAAAAAUGACAUUGGUCGACAAUGCUUCUGUCUCGUACUCUAAUCCUGUCCGCCAGACCCUCUAUACUUUUGAAGACGCCAAAGCAGGCCUUAAAAAGGUUGAAGCGGCCGCAGCUGGUCUGAAGCGAAUUCACCCCUCUGUGGAGGUGCCUGCUGUGGACCUCACCAUUCCCAUGCCGGGGCACGCCAUCUCUUCCAUUUCUGUCAACACAGAUCCAGCCAUCCAGCCCCAAGUUGUUGCUGCUCGCAAGGCCUGUGAGCAAUUGGACGAACUUAUUCGCACCCAUGAUGUCGUUUUUCUCUUGUUGGACACCCGUGAAGCACGGUGGCUCCCCACCAUGCUUGCUACCUACCACUCCAAGAUUGCGAUUACUGCUGCGCUCGGAUUCGACAGCUAUCUGGUAAUGCGUCACGGUUUACCGCCAGUCCCCGGCACUUCCCCUUCGCAACCGUCCAAUCAAGAAACCUCGUCCAAAGCACUCUCUGGUGACGGCCGUUUACGGAAACUUGCAGGCUCGCAGUUGGGCUGCUACUUCUGCAAUGAUGUGGUUGGACCCUCAAAUUCUCUCCGAGAUCGGACCCUCGAUCAGCAGUGCACUGUCGCCCGACCGGGGACCUCGAUGAUGGCCUCUGCGUUGGCUGUGGAACUCUGUGUUGGUUUGCUCCAUCACACAGAAGGAGCCCAUGCCCCGGCACUAAUGAAGGGAUGUGAGGAUGACCUGGCCUCGAAUUGCGACACUUUUGGACUUCUGCCGCAUCAGGUUAGGGCGUCUGCCUUAUAUCUUUCCAGCCACCUUUUCUGCCCUUGUAUUGUCUCUUAA